AUGCGAUGGAGUGAAGCAAUAACGCUUGAAUUUGUGAAAAUUUAUUUGAAGCACGAAUGUUUAUGGAAUCCAAGUCACCCCGGUUAUAAAUUGAAGUACCAAAGGGAUAAGGCCUAUGUCGAUAUUUGUAAUGAAUUUAAAGAUUCCACCACCAAAUGUCUAUCGGUCCCAGAAGUAAAGAUGAAAAUCAAAAAUUUAAGAACAACUUACGUUCAACAAGUACACAAAAUAUUGCAAAAAUCGAGUCCUGAUUCAAUAUUUGAACCAUCAUUGGUUUGGUUUCACGAAAUGGAUCGAUGUCUGAAACACAUUCCAACUAAUCGACAUAUUAUAUCGUCUUUUCAGGCCCCAGAUACUGCUGACUUGGAAGCAUCCUGUCAAAUAUGGGUUGAUCAAGAAUUAAAAAAUGAUACUAAUAGCCAAAAUCCAGACCCUCUUAUUUCUAAUUCUGAAGAUGACUAUGACUCUCCGAAGACAGAAGAUUCAUUAAGUCCAAUUAAAAGAGAUAAACCAUUAGCCUCUAUUCUAAAUAGAAAAAAUAAAAAGAAAAAAUUAAAGCACAGACCCACCCACAACUAUGCCAAGGAUAAAUUUGAAUUUGUAAAAGAAGACGAAUUUGAUAUAUAUGGCAAAUACAUAGCAUCACAAUUGAGAAAAAUGGAUCUACAAAAAGCAAUUAGGCUUCAAUUAGAAAUUCAAAGUAUACUGAGUGAAGCUAGGAUAGCAGACAUAUCUAGUGAU